AUGAAAACCACUAAUAAAAUCAUCCUUGGCAUUACUGCAAGUAUUGCUGCUUAUAAAGGAAUUGAAAUCGCAAAUCAACUUACAAAAAGAGGAUAUGAUGUUCAUGUAACAUUAACUCAAAAUUCACUUCAUUUGAUUCAACCUUCAACCAUUGAAGUAUUAACUCACAAUAAAUGUAUUAUUGAUAGUUUUGAUCGUCCAAAUGAAUAUGACGUUCACCAUAUUUUAUUAGCACAUUCAGCUUCUUUAUUUCUCAUUGCACCAGCAACAGCAGAUAUUAUUGCAAAACUUGCUGCAGGAAUAGCAGAUGACUUUUUAACAACAACAUUCCUUGCUGCAUCAUGUCCUAAACUAAUUGCACCAGCAAUGAACACUACAAUGCUUCACAAUCCAAUCACUCAAAGAAAUAUACAAAUUCUUAAAUCAUUUGGUGUUAAAUUCAUUAAUAGUUCAUACGGUAAAUUAGCUUGUGGGGAUGUUGGAGAUGGUAAACUAGCUCCUGUUGACACAAUAUUAACAUCUGUUGAUCAACAACUCCAUCCAAUCCAACCACUUCUCAAUAAGAAAAUAGUUAUUACUGCUGGACCAACAAUUGAACCAAUAGAUCCUGUUCGAUUCAUUACAAAUCACUCAACAGGAAAAAUGGGAUAUUCAAUUGCUCAUGUAGCACAACAACUUGGUGCAACAGUUACAUUAAUUACUGGACCAACAACAAUACAAAAACCAAGUGGAGUUAAUAUUGUCAAUGUACAAACAGCAAUUGAAAUGUAUGAUGCAGUUAUGAAAGAGAAAGAAGUUGACAUUUACAUUAUGUCAGCAGCAGUUGCAGAUUAUCGUCCAAUGAAAAUUGCUAAUCAAAAAAUUAAGAAGGAUGAGAAUGAAUUAACAAUGACAUUUGUUAAAAAUCCAGACAUUUUAAAGGAAAUUGGAGAUAAAAGAAAUGAUCACCAAAUCAUUGUUGGAUUUGCUAUGGAAACUCAAGACUUAAUUCAAAAUGCACAAGAAAAGCUUAAAAAGAAACAUUGUGAUAUGAUUGUUGCAAAUCAAUUAAAUGUACCUGGUGCUGGAUUUGGAGGAGAAACAAACAAAGUUGCUUUUAUUACAAAAGAUGGAGUUGAAGAAACUGAAGUACUUUUGAAGAGUGAAAUAGCACAAUUAAUUAUUGAAAAAGUUAUUGACAAAAUAAAUCAAUAA